GUGAACCGGACCGUCUGCACACUUCUUUACCGUUUUAAACUUCUCGGACUGAGAACAACAUCUUACUAAAAUCUUAAAUUACUUUUUCCCCCUUUUUUCUGCUUUUUCAUCUUUACCACAAAUGAGGAGAGAAAACACGCGAAAAAGAAGACGAAGAAGAAGAAAGGGGCUCUCCAUCAGCUCACCUUCCCGUCACUUCACACCUACUCUGAGGGUUCAGGCGACCAGCCAGGCGGAGAUGAAAAGCAGCCAAUGAGAGGAUGCUACAGUAAGACCCGGCCAUGGCUGCCCAUCGAAUCAUCAGAGUGACGAACAACAACCUCAUCCUCCCUCGCUGUAAAUCUGAGGGGACGCUCGUAGACCUCAGUGAAGGGGUCACCGGAGCCAGUCUCAGUGAUGUCAAAGUGCCUUCUCCCAGUGCCUUAAGGCUGGACACGUCUGCCUCCUAUGGCGCCGCUCAAGAAGUGGUUGCCAUAAAGGAUUAUUGCCCCAGCAGCUUUACAACACUGAAGUUCUCCAAAGGUGAUCGCCUCUAUGUGCUGGACACGUCAGGUGGAGAGUGGUGGUACGCCCACAACAACACGGAAAUGGGCUACAUCCCGGCCGCCUACGUCCAGCCGGUCAACUUCAGGAACUCUUGUCUUAGCGACAGUGGGAUGAUUGACAGUCUUGGGGAAGUGUAUGAGGACGGGUCGAGGGAGUUUGGAGGUUUGGGGGAGUGGACUGGGAUGACGCCGAAACCCUCCCCAAAUUAUGUCAACAGUCCUGUCUCUGUGAACCCGUUUAACCAUCCGCUAGAUCAAAACUGCAAAGAUACCGGUGUCAGGAACUCGGAUCUUAUUCUCUUUGAUGCACUGGCAUCACCAUCAUCUUGCUCCAACUUUAACACCAAUACAAUCAUGACCAAUGGGUUCAGCAACUGCCACAUUAGCAACACUACCCCAACUAGCCCAAACCAAGACAUUCUUACAAACCACCCCAGGGAUAACUCGUUUUUCAGGAGUAAACGUUCCCACAGUCUCUCAGAACUGUCCGUCCUCCAAGCGCAGUCAAAUCCAACCUUACCCUCUUCAGGAUUCUUUACAGGCCUUAAGGCUCCCUUACCGGAGCAGUUCCAGAGCAGAGAGGACUUCAGGACUGCUUGGUUGAACCACAGAAAGCUAGCAAGGUCUUGUCAUGAUCUUGAUUCGCUGGGCCAGAGUCUUGGUUGGGGUCAGACUCAACCGGUGGAGACUAACAUUGUGUGCAGGCUGGACAGUAACGGAGGAGUUGUUCAACUUCCGGACACCCACAUCAGCGCCCACAUCCCUGAAGGCCACGUCAGCCAUGGAGACCACCAGCAGAUCUCAAUGAAGGCCUUACUAGACCCUCCUCUGGAGCUCAACACUGACCACUGCUCCACUGUGAGUCCUGUGGUGGAGAUUAAGCUCAGCAACAUGGAAAUAAAGUCCUUUAUUACGUUGGAGAUGAAGGUAUCGGUAAAUGUCAAAAAGGAAAGUUGUCGCACUGCAGAGUUGCUUUGUGUUCGGAGUGACUGCAAAGAAGGGCCUUACACACCUAUUCCCAAUGCAUACAUAUACAAGGAUACAGUCCAGGUGCAGUUGGAUAGUCUGGAGCCUUGUAUUUAUGUGGCUGUUGUCGUUCAGUCACAGUAUAUCAGCCACAAUAUGACUGUUUGGGACCAUGUACAGAGAAAAGUAACUCUCGGUGUCUAUGGACCAAAGCACAUCCACCCUUCCUUUAAGACAGUUGUGGCCCUGUUUGGUCACGACUGCGCCCCCAAGACCUUGUUGGUAGGUGAGGUUGGCAGGCAGGCAAGCUCUGCUCCACCCGUAGCGCUCCAGCUCUGGGGGAAACACCAGUUUGUGCUGGGGUACCCUCAGGACCUCCAGGUGGGAUUGUACUCCAACAUGUCGAACUACCAGGUGAAGACAACUGAGAGUGCAGGGGUGAUUCAGGGAUUUCAGCUCAAACUGGGGAAAGUUAGCAGGCUCCUGUACAUGAUCACAUCACACAACCCCAACAGCAUCUCAGACUUUACUCUCAGGGUCCAAGUCAAGGAUGCCCUCGACUGUAUCCUCACCCAGUUCUGUGUUCAAACUCCACCACCGCCACCAAAAACGGGAGCGAGGAUUACAGGUCAGAGGAGGUUUCUGAAAAAGAAAGAGGUGGAUAAGAUUGUUCUCUCCCCAUUGGCUGUCACUUCCAAAUACCCAAAAUUUCAGGACCGAUGCAUCACCAAUCUUAAAUUUGGCAAGCUAAUAAAAACGGUGAUCAGGCAGCAUAAGAGCACCUAUCUGUUGGAAUACAAAAAGGGGGAUGUUAUUGCUUUGCUCAGCGAGGAGAAAAUCAAACUGCGAGGGCAACUGCGGACCAAAGAGUGGUACAUUGGAUACUAUCAGGGGAAGAUGGGUCUCGUCCAUGCCAAGAAUGUUUUAGUUCUGGGUAAAGUCAAGCCUAUCUAUUGGUGUGGGCCGGACCUGACUACCACAAUGUUGCUUGAGCAGAUCCUGAAGCCUUGCAAAUUUCUUACUUACAUUUACGCAACUGUGAGGACGGUUUUAAUGGAGAACGUGGGCAACUGGAGGGCGUUUGCAGAUGCCCUGGGGUACGGGAAUUUACCACUGAAUUAUUUUUGCCGGACAGAGCUGGAUAAUGAGCCGGAGAAGGUGGCAUCGGUUCUGGAGAAACUCAAAGAGGAGUGUACGAAUAUGGAGAAUAAGGAGCGGAAAUCAUUCCAGAGGGAACUCAUGAUGGCGUUGCUGAAGAUGGAUUGCCAAGGUUUGGUUGCCAGACUGGUCCUGGAUUUCGUCUUGUUGACAACAGCGGUGGAGGUGGCGUCUCGGUGGAGGGAACUGGCCGAGAAACUCGCUCGAGUGUCCCGACAGCAGAUGGAAGCUUACGAGGCUCCGCACCGCGACAAGAACGGGCUGUUGGAUAACGAGUCCAUGUGGAAGCCAGCCUACGACUUCCUCCUGACGUGGGCGGCCCAUGUGGGCGACAGCUACCGAGACGUGAUCCAGGAGCUCCACCUGGGCCUGGACAAGAUGAGGAACCCCAUCACUAAGAGGUGGAAACACCUGACCGGUACGAUAAUCCUCGUCAACUGCCUCGAUAUACUCAGAAGUUCCGCCUUUUGUCCAACCGGAUACGGAGAUUUUGCCGUUUGAGUGUUUUCAUCCGACUGGAGGACACUUUUAAAGAUUUGUCUUUGACAGAUCGUCAUGACGAUAUUGGAUUUAGUACGUCUCGGUCCUCGGAUUCUUCUGGGGAGUUUAGCUGACGCUGGAACAUUCGUUUGACAGGAAACAACAUUUUCUGUCAAUCAAACCUUUGACCGGCUGAUUGAGAAUAUCCGGCAAUUCUCUGCGCUUUUCCUCCGCUGUGGACCUUCAGGUCAUAAUCAUACGGCCUGUUUCAGUACAGAGCAUUGGAUUUGAAUCGUACUGUUACGAUCGGCUCUAAUAAGGGGCCGGACUAAAAGACGUCGUUGGCCAAUUUCUGGCUUUUGUCGACCCGGAGAAAAUCCGCCUCUUUGUGUUUGUUAUAUCCAUGUUUGCUUCCCUCUUCCUUCUCUCUUUUCUACCUCGCCCUUUAUCCGUCUCAUUUCUCUUUGUCUUUCUUUUGUUAUCUUUUUGUUAUCCUUUAGUAUUAUUGUCUGAAGCUGUUUUUCUUUUCUUUUUAAACUUUCUCCGAUUACUUCCAUUUCUUCUAACACAUCUCCCUCAGGACAACAUCAGAAACCUCAACCGCUGCGGUACACAACCACACAAACUGUGAACUUUAAACACUUUCACACCUGAGACUCAGCCGAGCGAGCUCACAAACUUGGCCUAUGUUUGCUGGCUACAUUUUUACAUUAGCGUCUUCUCUCUCCACUUCUGACAUGCAUGUUUUCACUGCCUAUCCCUGGAGUAUUUCUGCAACAAAGACACUGCAGACGUCUUUAAAACAUCUGCAAUGAAAAUGUUUCAUACAGUCAGAGCAUUCUGUCAGUAAUUAGCUUGCCAAAAACUAUUAGCUGAAAGCUAACUUUUCAUGUGACUCAGUGAGGUCCAUGCAGUAAAGGUACAGUGUUUGUAGACCAUAUAGUUCUAUUUUUUAUACUUUCAAUACGAUACAGAUGUUGAUUAACCAACAGUGUUAUUGUUGCCUACGUUUGGUUUGGAUUGUCUUUGUGUGCAACUCGUUUCCAUCGUGUUUCAGCCGCUCAAUAGACAUAAUUAGCCAACCAGCUAGUUGGCAUGCUAAUGCUAAGGAUUUCUUGCAUUCAUUUGUGCAGAAAGUGCACACCUCCACAGUGACGAGCUUACUUUUAAGGUGUAUUUUUGGGCGAUUGUUGCCUUUACUAGAUCAGACCGCUGAAGAGAGACAGGAAACGUUGGGAGGAGAGGGUGGGGGUCGGAUUCAAACCCAAGGAACGAGGACUACAGCUACUGUACAUGAGGCGCACAAGAUUACCGCUAGGCUAUCUGGGCUAACUUCCCAAGAUUCUUUUCUUCUCUUGUAGAGACAGGACAGUGGGAAGAGUCAGAAAUCUGGGACAGUGAGAGCGGGGAUUGACAUGCGGGAAAAGGAGGCACAGGUCGAGCCCUCUAACCACUAGGCCACAGACGCCCCGACAAAUUUAGAAUUUUCUUAACUCUCUGACAUCUCAGAGCCUAACUUUAAAAAUGUCUCUGGCUUGAUUACACAUUGAUAUUGAUCAGGUGUUUGAGUUUAAAUAAAGACACACUGAUCACGUCUUCAGAAAAGUAAAAAGUAUCACAAAGUUUUCAGUUUUCAGUAUUUAAAGACGUCUUUUCUUUGGUUCAUGGUUUCAGAUGUUUUCGUCUUUCUUUGUGACCUCUGCAGGUUUAAUCAUUCAGCUUUGUUGUGUUUCUUGGUCUUGUUUUGUCUGCUGCGGUGUUCUUGUAUCUGUUUGGAGUUUGGACAGAAAACGUGCGAGGAGUUUCUUUAUAUUUGUACUGAACGGCGUGACGCAGUGACGUCGGAUCACCUGUGACGGGUCGCACAUCUGAAAUCUGUUCAGAGU